AGGUAGCAAUUCAACAGUUUUAAGAGAUCUUUUGGCAUUUUUCUCUUUUUUGGGAGAUAUGGAUUCUAAAACAACUUCAAAUGCUGCCAUCUUUCUUGCUCUCAACCUUGUUUUCUUUGCCUUUGUUAACGUCUGCCACGCUUGCGACGAUCACGCACCGAAGCCAAAGCCGAAGCCUUACCCUAACCCUAACCCGGCUCCUGUAGUCAAGAGCUGCCCUAGAGAUGCCCUAAAGCUUGGCGUGUGCGCAAAACUGCUGAAUGGACCGGUCAGCGCGCUCGUCGGGUCCUUGCCUAACACGCAAUGCUGCUCGCUGCUUGACGGGCUUAUCGACCUAGAAGCAGCGGUGUGUCUCUGCACCGCCAUCAAGGCGAACAUUCUUGGAAUCAACAUUAACAUCCCCAUUUCUUUGAGCUUGCUUGUCAAUGUCUGUGGAAAGAAGGUUCCCUCUGAGUUCCAGUGUUCCUAAAUUAGCAUUCUUUUAAUUUUCUUAAUCACUGUGUUUUGAGUUUUAUUGUUGAUAUCUUUGUGGUCAUGUCUCUUUGGAGAUCAGAUGUGUGUUUUCUUAAAUUUUUGUCUACUUUUCUUCUUUUUCUAAUUUCAGUUUGGAUAUGUUCUGAUGGAAUGAGUGCUGAAAAUUUCAAGCACUUGUUUGUAAUUCUUGUAAGCAUUUGUCUGUUGGUUUUUUAAAUUAAUAAUUUGUGUGACAAAGAUUAGUUUUUUUUUUUUU